UCAAAUUGGAAUGAAAUUAAUGAAAAAUGAGAAUAAAAUACAAAACAAAAAACAUACUUUGUAAAAUCUAGAAAAAAUGCAGAACUUUAAUCAGUUCUCCUUCUCUCAUAUCCAGAUAUUGGAAUUACUUAAUUUAAAAUUAAAUUUUUUCUUUUCACCAAAAAGAGCGGGAAAAUAAAAUACUAUUAAGAUACUAUCUUAUCUAUUCAUUCUUAUACAUUGGAUGACGAUAUUUAUGUGUGUUUACUGUUUUUCACAUUACUUUAACCUCUUUUCAAAUUAUUGUUGUUAUAUUUAUCAUCUAUGCAUAAACUAUUUUAUUUUAUUAUAUUUAGGAUCCUCACCAUUGGAAGAAAUCCCAACCUCCAUAACCAUACCAACCUACCAACCAAUCCAUCCACCAUAAUUAUGUACUCUAACCACCCAAUUACCAUCAUAAACCCUUCAAUAAUGCAUAAUAUCAUUUCAAUCACGUACAUUUUUAUUUUUAGAAUAAUGAAUCAAUGCUUUGAACGCUAACUUUUCAACCAUUAAACUAAUCCAACACACACACAAAGAUCUGAACUAAAUCAUUCAUAUCAACCCAAGUAGAUUAAACUACUAAUUCAAAGUUUAAGCUCAUGUCCAGAUACCACGCUGAAAGUGUCUACUCUACCACCUUUAUACUCAUUGAUUCACUAUUAUGUUUCAAUUACCA